AUACGUCUUUUGCCCGCGCCACGCGGGGGCGAUGUCGAUUCAUUUCAACAUUUCAUUCCCGCCAACGCCGCCGCGCCGCACGCACGCCGCCGCUCGCGACGAUCGGAACUUGUGUGAUCGAAACUGUUGUGAAGAUGGUGUUGACUGACUUUUUGACGGAGACUCGGAGGAGGUGGUUGAAGGCUUUCAAGCUGUUCAAAAGAAGCAAAAGCCGCAAGAGCGCCCGCAACCGCAUCUCGCCCCUUGUCCGCUCACCAUCAUACUCCGGCACCGUCGACGCUCGCUCAGAGAUCGACAUCCAACGCUACUGCCCUUGCAGAGCUUCCCUGCCACCUCUCCGCAUCCCUAGCGAAAGCAUCGAUGGAUACAGCAGCUGCAAUAGCUACGACAGUUCACGAAACGAGAGCUUAAGGAGCUACGAAUGUGGAUACAACUGCGCGCGAUCUGAUUCAGCAUAUGAGUCGGCUAGAAGUAGCCCGGCUAGAGCACCGGUCUGCUAUGCCACAGUCACAUAUUUUAACGUUAACGACAGCGAAGAUAGUAGCAGUAUCAGAACAGAAUACACGCUAUUAGAUUAUGAUGUGGAAGACAGAGAUAUGGACGGGACUGAGGAGAGCGCGCAGAAUCUUAUCAACGAAAGCUUGGAACUGGUUAGCACUUUAUGAAUUAGUUUUAGCUAAGGUAGAUUUUGUAUGAUAUUAUAGUUUGUUUUGGAUUAGCUUUAAUAAUAAUUUUAAUUGUGGUAUGAUCUUCAUAUAUGAAAGAAAACGCUGGGAGUUUAUCGAUCAUAUGAAAAAAGGUAUAAAAGAAAAGAAACGAAUUACUUUGAGUAUAUAAGAACUGUUUAGAGUAGGUAGAUAUAUAAAGUUAUUUUUUUGGAACCACAUUAACCAAAUAAUAUAUUCUCAAGUCGAACAUAUAUAAUAUAUAGUAUGGUACAGUCGCAUGUAAAUACAUACACGUAUCUGAACACGCCUCUAUUGGGGCAUUUACAGAAUUUGGGCCAAUUAACGAAAGUUGUCAACAAAAAUUAACUCACUGUCAGUGUGACGAUAACUAAGCAUGAAAUUUCAAUAAAAAUAUUGUUUUCAGUACAGAUGGUGUUUUUUUACGCACUAGUGCGAGAAGUGGUUCAUUAUAUGCCAGGUCGAAACUUCGGAAGCUCAUCUGUACCGAAAAACGUCGUACGAUACACGUGCGAAAAGGAAAUUCGCAACUCGUGUCGAUUUAUAACACUCCCUUAGGGCGCGAAGGUCGCCCAAACAGACGAUGGGCUGACGAUGUAACCCAGGCAGCAGGGAAACAGUGGAUGACGCUAGCCCUAGAUAGGGACACCUGGAAAGAGAUGGAGGAGGCCUUCACCCAAUGAGGGGUUCAUCAGAAG